GGCGCGCAGAGCGGGAGAGGCAAGCAGACUGCUGCCUGGCGCCCGCCGCGCUGUCCUCCCUCCUCCUCCGCUCCCUCCGCCCCUCCCCCAGCGGCCGCGCAGCCUGGAGCCCGGGCAGACUCCGCUCGGAGCGCGCAGCUCGGGCGCGGGGACUAGUGGCUAGGCGGGGGCGGCGGGAGCGCUGAGACGACAGCCCCGGGGAGAGACGGAGGGGGGCCCAGUCUGGGCAGGCAGAGUCGAGCGUGUGAGUGUUUGCGCGUGAAAGCGAGGGCUGCACUGUGCUCGGCGCGGACCCAGCCAUCCCCAGCCCAGGUCGCCGCAGCCCAGAAGCCUCCCGCCCGCGCCCCAAGGCACGCGCGGCACAGCCAUGAACACCAACGAUGCCAAGGAGUAUCUGGCCCGCAGGGAAAUCCCUCAGCUUUUCGAGAGCCUUUUGAAUGGACUGAUGUGUUCUAAACCUGAAGACCCAGUAGAGUACUUGGAAAGUUGUUUACAGAAAGUAAAGGAACUAGGAGGCUGUGACAAGGUGAAAUGGGAUACAUUUGUAAGCCAGGAGAAGAAGACCUUACCCCCACUCAAUGGAGGACAGUCACGGAGAUCCUUUCUAAGAAAUGUAAUGCCUGAAAAUUCAAACUUUCCAUAUCGGCGGUAUGAUCGGCUCCCUCCAAUCCAUCAAUUCUCCAUAGAAAGUGAUACGGACCUCUCCGAGACUGCGGAGUUAAUUGAGGAGUAUGAGGUCUUUGAUCCUACAAGACCUCGACCCAAAAUCAUUCUUGUCAUAGGUGGUCCAGGAAGUGGAAAGGGUACUCAAAGUUUGAAAAUUGCAGAGCGUUAUGGAUUUCAAUACAUUUCGGUGGGAGAACUAUUAAGGAAGAAGAUCCACAGUACCAGCAGCAAUAGGAAAUGGAGUCUUAUUGCCAAAAUAAUUACAACUGGAGAAUUGGCCCCACAGGAAACAACGAUUACAGAGAUAAAACAAAAACUGAUGCAAAUGCCUGAUGAAGUGGGCAUUGUUAUUGACGGGUUUCCAAGAGAUGUUGCCCAGGCUCUGUCUUUUGAGGACCAAAUCUGUACUCCCGACUUGGUGGUGUUCCUGGCUUGUGCCAAUCAGCGGCUCAAAGAAAGAUUACAGAAGCGUGCAGAGCAGCAGGGGCGGCCGGAUGACAAUCUGAAAGCUACCCAGAGGAGGCUAAUGAACUUCAAGCAGAACGCGGCUCCAUUGGUUAAAUACUUCCAGGAAAAGGGACUUAUCAUGAUGUUCGAUGCUGACCGGGACGAGGAUGAGGUGUUCUAUGACAUCAGCGUGGCGGUUGACAGCAAGUUAUUCCCCAACAAAGAAGCCGCAGCAGGUUCAAGUGACCUUGACCCUUUGAUAAUGUUGGACGCUGGAGAGAUCAUUGACACAGGAUCUGAUUAUGAAGACCAGGGUGAUGACCAGUUACCUGUGUUUGGAGAGGACACCAUGGAAGGUUUCAUGGAGGAGUUGAGGAAGUGUAAAAUUAUUUUCAUGAUUGGUGGCCCAGGCUCUGGCAAAGGCACACAGUGUGAAAAGCUGGGGGAAAAAUAUGGAUUGACGCACCUUUCGACUGAUGAGCUUCUGCGGAAUGAGCUGUCAUCAGAAUCUGAAAGAAGCAAAUUGAUCAGAGACGUCAUGGAACGUGGCGAGCUGGUGCCCUCAGGCAUCAUUCUGGAGCUCCUGAAGGAGGCCAUGGUGGCCAGUCUCAGCAACACCAAGGGCUUCCUGAUUGACGGCUACCCUCGCGAAGUGAAGCAAGGGGAAGAGUUCGGGCGUAGGAUCGGGGACCCGCACUUGGUGAUCUGUAUGGACUGCUCGGCAGACACCAUGACCAACCGCCUUCUCCAGAGGCGCCAGAGCAGCCUGUGCGCAGACGAGGACACCACCACCAUCGCCAAGCGCCUUGAGACCUACUACCGAGCCUCCAUCCCUGUGGUCGCCUACUAUGAGACCAAAACACAGCUACAUAAGAUAAAUGCGGAGGGGACGCCAGAAGAAGUUUUUCUUCAGCUCUGCUCAGCUAUUGACUCUAUUUUCUGAAGGCAAAAAUGCAUGUAUAUUAAAGAAGGCAGAGACAGAAAAAUAUUAAAAGAUUCAUCCCUUAACACAAUAAGUUCUGAUCUAAACCUUUUGUGUGUCCCCCUCCCCAGCUCCAUUGCUGUCUGCUUCCCAGCUUGACCUGAGAGGUGUCUGGAAAUCAUGCAUGGUGUAUUUGGUAUCAUCCAACCUUUUCUUCCCUAGUCAGAGCUGCCUGCACUUACAGCACGCACACUUCUUCAUUUCCUAGUAAUGUGAACAGCAGUGCGAUGCCCAUUUGUGUCAGUGGUGCCUUCAGGACUUGCUAGAGUCUGAUCAUUUGGUUCUACUCUCCUCAAACAGCAUCCCUAACACUCUAUCACAUCCUCCCUCCUCUCCUCAAGAUCUAUAUGCUGUUACCUGAUUAAAGCCCUUAACACGAGGGGCAGGCUUGGGCAUCUUCCUCUGGAAGCUGUUUCCUCAAGUUUCAUCCAGAGAGAUUCAGCUGACAAGACAGCACCAAUUGUUCAUAGGAAAUUUGAGUAAAUCCGAAAAUGUGCCACAUUUUUAAAAUGUGAAAUCGUAUAGCUUUUCCAAGACAGCAAAAUCUAGACUAGUCACCAAGUAUCAUUUCUCUACCCAUGUCUAUGAAAUUGGCUAUUUGGAACAUGGUUACAUUGGCUAAGAGAACAAAUUGGAUAAGUUGCCAAACUUAGUCUCUUCCAAUACUUGGUGGUGCAUUUUGGGAAUUAAUAGAAUACCAGUGACCAAACGUACGUUAGAAGCAUGAGGUGAUUUGGUACUGCCUUCACUGGACUACUGUCAACUUAUGGCUUUUGUUUUAAAUGAUCAACUAUUUAGUUACCAAGCAACAAAGUAACAAAACUGAUACAGGUGGAAGGGGCAUGUCAUACAUGAUGUGUAACAGACCCCAAUGCUCUAUUUGUUUCAUACAGGCGUUUUCUAGGGGUUUGCAAACCUUGUCAUACCCAUAUAUAAAACUGUGUUUCCUUAAGUCAGGCCAGUGAAGUUUGGGUUCACUUUUGUGACAUCAGUAGCCAUAUGAGAGCUUCUUAUAUAUUCUACUGGAGUAACUGCAUCUUCCCUUCAGUCACUACAAAAGACCAUUGUUUCUGUUUGCAUGAUUUCUUUUUUUUUUUUUUUGUCUUUCAGUGGUUGUGCGGAUAAGGAUCCAUUUCUGGGACAGAAUUGUAUUUUUAAAAUCUUUUUUUUUUCUUGAAAUGGAUAUGCACAAAUAAAAUAACUGGAACACAGAA